GGUGUAACCGUGCUGCUGCUCGUACGAAGUUGGAGGAGUAUGGGUUUGCUCUCAGUGAUGCAAGUAAAGCCAUAGAACUAGACCCAAAAUAUUCAAAAGCUUACUAUCGCCGAGCAACGUGUUAUCUACAAAUAGUGAAGCCGCAGCUGGCAGUAGCGGAAUUCAAGAAGGUCAUUGCCCUGGAACCGAAAAAUGAGAUCGUACGGUCGCAACUGUUGUCCACUCAAAAACUUGUCCGUAAAAUUGAAUUCGAAAAGGCAAUUGAAGUAGAGGGUGAAAAGAACCCGAUAGAAAGAUGUACGGAGAUUGUCGCAGAAGGAGGAUGUGAUGUUGAGAAGAGCUACGCUGGACCAAAACUGGAUACUACUGAGGAUGGAAAAUAUAUUAUGACACUGGAUUUUAUCAAGAAAAUGAUUGAUUGGUUUAAGGAUGGCAAAAACCUUCCUCGUCGAUAUGUGUGGGAGAUUGUUCUUGGAGCACACUCUCAUUUCGCUAAAGAAGAAAGCAUGGUUAAUCUCGAUCUCGAAGAUGGAGUGACUUGUGAUGUUAUCGGCGAUGUUCACGGCCAAUUCUAUGACCUUCUGAAUUUGUACUCACUUACUGGCGAACCAAACGAUAAACACUGCUUGUUGAUGAACGGAGAUCUUGUUGAUCGAGGAUCGUGGUCCAUUGAGGUGAUACUCACUGCCUUUGCGUAUAAAUGGUUAUAUCCCACGCGUAUGUUCAUAAACCGCGGCAAUCACGAGGCAAAAGACAUGAAUAGGACGUAUGGCUUCGAAGGUGAAGCGAAGCACAAGCAUGGAGAACAAACCUACAAGCUCUUUGCAUACGUUUUUACGACUUUACCGCUAGCUACACUGGUUAGCGCCACCAAGCUGCCUGCGACGCCUGACAAGGCCGCCAUUCUAUCACCAGAAGGGCGAAAACGUUAUUUUGUCGUUCAUGGUGGUCUCUUUAGCAAAGAUGGUGUCACUCUUGAUGAUAUUCGCAAGAUUGAGCGAGUUGGACGACAGCCCGGUCAAGAGGGCUUGAUGUGCGAGCUUCUUUGGACCGAUCCUCAGGAGAUGCCUGGUCGCGGCCCCAGUAAAAGAGGUGUUGGCAUCGCAUUCGGACCUGAUGUCACUCGACGAUGGUGUACAUUGAACGGUGUCACUGGGAUAAUACGUAGUCACGAAGUGCGAGAAAAUGGUUAUGCGAUCGAACAUGAUGGCCUGUGCACUACUGUAUUCUCGGCUCCCAACUACGUGGACCAAGUGGGUAACAAGGGUGCAUUCAUACGGAUAGAUUCUAGUGGUACACAGAAAUACUUCCAAUUCGAUGCUACACCACACCCCCCAAUGAAGCCUAUGGCAUACGCUCAAGGCGGACUGUCUAGUCUGCUAAUGUGAGAGUCCGAAGUUAGGAAGGAGACGAGCGUCUGGAGUUUGCUUGCUUUCGUGCAUGGUACUUGGGCACAUAAUAUAUUAUAUUUAUAUCUAGCUUGCAAUUGCCUUCAAAUGCAUUACAACUUGUACCACGUCAAUGAUGUUGUUGUGUUUUGAUCUGAUGAUAAUCAUUUCUUGCAAUUGCCUGCCAGU